AUGAGCAACGAGGAGGUAACUUAUACAACUGUGAGAUUUCUUCAGUCUUCCUCAGAAGCACAGAAUAGACUAAGACCUGACACAACUGACAGGCCUAGAAAAGCUGAUGACAAAGGAUUUUCAGUCCCCUGGCAUCUCAUUGCGGCCAUUCUUGGGAUCAUUUGCUUGCUUCUCUUGAUGGCAGUUUUGGGGUUGGUGACAAAGGUUUUUCAGGACAAAAAUGAAAAGGAGAAACUUCUAGAAGACCUCAGGCAAGCGCAUCUUGCACAAAAUGACAGUGCUUUAAAGGAACUGCUGACAAAUACAACUUUAGAGUAUGAUAUUCUUAAAAAUAAAAUGAAUCAGACAAUAAACAGAUGUCAUGAGAAAGAGAAAACCUUUGCAAAACCUUUGCAAAUUACAGGCAAAGCUUGUAAAAAGCACUGGACCUGCUAUGGAGUGAAAUGUUACUAUUUCAUUAUGGACAAUAAAACCUGGGAAAAAUGUAAGCAGACUUGUCAAAGUCACGGAUUGUCCCUUUUGCAGAUAGAUGACAAAGAUGAACAGGACUUCCUCCGACCCCUGCUUCAUCCGUAUCAGUACUGGAUUGGGCUGACUUUCGAUACACGGGAAGGGAGAUGGAAAUGGACGGGGAGCAGCUCGUCUCCUGGAGUGAAUGUUACAAAAAGGACUCUAUUUCCUGGAGAA